GCUUCAAAUUAAUCUACUUUUAAAUACAGGCGCCAUACACUAUGGAUCAUCCAAACGUCCCCUUCGGAUUCGCUCUACCUGGUCAUUCACACAUGCAAAUACCACCCACACCAAACCUUAUGUCCGGCCAUCCCGGACCAACAUCUAGUCCACCACAAAGUGUUCCCGGUCGGCGAACACCACUUGGCGCUGUGGGACUUGGCGGCUUCUAUGCACAAGGACUGGGUAUGCCACAGCAAGGUUCCAUGCCUACCGAUGAAAAUAAGCCCAGUCCAAGUGCACUUGCUGCGAGCGGUGGGGUAAUGGGUCACGGUCAUAAAUCGCCAUCACAAUCACUAUCUGGCGGAACAACUACUCUAGCAGCUAGCAGUGGGACAAGCGGUGGGGCUGGCGGUGGUAAACAGAAAAAUCGUCAAGCGAAAACAGUACGGCUGAAUAUAAAUGCAAGAGAACGCAGACGCAUGCACGAUUUGAAUGAUGCUUUAGAUGAGCUUCGAAGCGUCAUACCCUAUGCGCACUCGCCUUCCGUACGGAAACUUUCAAAGAUUGCAACGUUGUUGUUGGCUAAAAAUUAUAUAUUAAUGCAACAAAAUGCCUUGGAUGAGUUAAGACGAUUAUUGGCCUACAUUCAGAGCACAACGGGAGCGGCACCGUUAGACCUGGGCUCAUUUCCUGCUGCUGCGAAACUGCAGGCGCUUUUGCAGGGCCCACACAACGAACCCUCAAGCAGUAGCUAAACUUUUUUUUAACAAAUUAUACCGAUAUAUAUAAUAGUGAGUGUAAGAGAUAACGACUUAGAGUAGCAAGCGGAGAGAUGGCGCCAGAGAUCUAUUCGGAACCACUUGUAUGUAGUUAAGAAAUACAUACAUAUAUAAAAUUGUGUGUUUAAUUAAUUAGCUGCGGCACACAAAAAGCAUUUAUUUUAUGCUAUUAAACGAGCAGCGAAGACAAAAAUUACGUAUAAUUUUUACUAAAUAUACCGUACAAUUAUUUAGAAAGCUAACUAUACUAGUCAAUGCAGUCAUGCCAAAAAAUUAAGUGAUAUUUUUAAUUUUUUUUUCUAUAACAUACAUACAUACACAUGUGAAAAUUUAUAGCCG